CCAACUGAUAACUGGCAACUGUCCGCACAAGGAUACGCGACUUUCCGCCGUCUCGGAUCCUUCGGUUGGGUUCGUGGCUGUUACCUUCACUCACUAUCCUGAAUGCCAUUUGCAUCGUUAUUUGCAUUUUCAACCCAAGACUCUCACUUUUCGACUGACAGCUGCGUCUCUUACAUGUUCGCGCUGGCCAUCCGUCGCCUGGCAACAAUCGCAUAUGCGUCAGUGGCCACACAGUCGUUCUCCCCGUCCGCACUUCUCGCCACUUACGGCCUGUCUGGCCCACCAUUACUACCUUUUUCAUAACAGCCCAGUGUCGAUUGGCACACCAACCGCCAUCAUUUCUACACUCAAUUCAUGAGUUACGAUCCAAGGUUGGGCGCCGGAGCAUACGGUGCGACGGACGCAGAUGGCGAUGGAUACGCGAAAAAAGGCUCAGUACGCGCAGCUCGGGAGAGGAUGCAGGCUGCGCAAAAGAGGACCCAACUUCCAGAUACCUCCAAGAUCAUCGGUCUUCCGCGUCGACCAAACCAACUUCGCCAGCAGCAACAGCAAGAGCAACAACAACAACAACAAGCCUUCCAGCGCGCCGGUCCAUCGCGAUUACAGAUCAACACUGACAGCCGGAGUGAUACAGACUCGAGCUCUCCAUCACCGCAAUGGCCCCUGCCAAAUGUCAGAACCCAAAGGGUAGAUCCCGUUCCUGACAUUCCGCCCCGCUCACCCCGGAGAGGUCAGCCACCACAACUAUUUCAAGACUCACGCCCCCUGUCGGAAGAGUAUCCAAUCCAACAACUAUCACCAGAACUUGCCUCGCCAGUAUCACCAGGCUACCUGCAUCCCAAUGACACGCUUUCGCCGAGCUCGUAUCGCUCCUCGCGUCCUAUCACCACCUCGUCGAUCGCGUCCGAUUCCUCAAUGGGAUCUAUACCCGAUUUCCCUGUCCCGCAACCGCCCAUGCCAAGCAUACAACAAGCUCGGCGAUUCCCCAGUAUAGGCCCGCCGCCCUCUGCACGAAGAGGACCCUCGUCAUACUACACCCAAAUGUCAUACGUAUCGCCAAUCGUCGAAGAGUCCGAAUCGCAUUCUACAGCAAUACAGUCGCAACGAGGAUCCUUUGCAUCGAGUAAUGUAUUCCCAAGCAACCAGGACGCUUUCUACCCCGACGACGACCCCUUUUCCGACGAGGAGGACAUGUCUUCUACCAAUACCGGAUUCAACUCGCCCACGGACCAUGACGAUCAAAGGGGCCUCGUCCGGCAAUCACCAACUCUUGUGCGACAAGCUAGUCUGGGCAGGCGAACCAAACCAUCGCUCAUGACCAUCAAAACGGUAGACAGUUCAACCAAAUCGAGGACGGAUGGUGCUGUAAUGGCUGCGGGCGCAAUGGGAUUGGGAGCCGCAGCGAUGGCGGCAAGAGAUAGUUACUCUUCCAGAUCCAGGUCGCCUUUGAGCAGGGAAUCUUCGUCAGACUCUCUGAGCACGCUGCAAACAUUGAGAAAUAAAAUGGCAGCGGGAAGCACUUCAUCACCGCUUUCACAAGAACUGCGCCCGAUCACGCUGGCGGACCGUGCCGGUGCACGACGGCCUCCGAGGCUCGACAUGGAGGCCGUUCGCGAAGCCGAGGCGCGUGGCAGCCUGACAAGUUUGCCCGAUCUGAUUCGAAGAGCUACCCGACUCGCAUCCAAUCUCGACCGCGGACGCACAGCGAGCCGACUAGGCAUGGAUUUCUGGGAAACCGGUGCCCCCGAAAAGAAUGAUGUGCGCCAGUCUGGCUUGUCCGAAAUGCUUGCAGCGUUCCCACCACCUGGCCAGGAAACUCCAGAGCGUACGGGCCGCGGUACCCCAAACAACACCAAUGGUGGCAACACUGAGUGGCCUUCUGUCAGAAACUCGAACAACAACAUCAACAACAAUAACAACAACAACUACGUAGAUGUCGGCGUCCAGAACGAGAAGCCUCAGCAGCGUCGGAAAUGUUGCGGUAUGCGGUUAUGGGUGUUCAUCUUACUCCUCAUAAUCUUGCUUCUUAUCAUCGCUGCAGCCGUCGUUAUUCCAGUGGUCCUGGUCGUCAUCCCUAACCAAAACAAGGCGGCUAGCAACAGUGCUGCUCAAGACAACCGGGGCAACAACAAUAGCGGCAACGAUGUGCCAAGCACAAACCCACCUCCCAUGCCCUCACAAACAGCCGGAUCAGGCAACGGUCAAUGUUCCGGUGUCAUUACUUGUCAAAACGGAGGGGUUGCCAUCUUGAACGCAGAUCGAUCAUGCAACUGCAUUUGUAUCAAUGGGUUUACCGGACGUACAUGUACCAACAACGAUGCCACUGGAUGCACAACCGUCACCAUUGCAGGUACUGCAAAGAAUGCUACCACGGGCUCCGCCAUUCCGCGCCUCAUCGAAGAUGCCAAUACCAUGUACAACGUGACCCUUGAUCCCGUCCGUAUUCUGUCUUUGUUUUCAACCCUCUCUCUCAGCUGUGCAGCCGAGAACGCCCUGAUCACGUUCAACGGCCUGGCUUCCCGAUCCGUAUCCAAGCCUUCGUACGCUAUGGAUUUGAGAGCGGCACUUCAUCCCUCACGAACGCGUUCAACAAUCCAUCAUCUUCACCCCGCGAAGAUACCAGGCCAUCAAGUCAAACGCCAGACUGUCGGUCAGAGUGGACAGGGUGAAGCCUCGAACAACCGGAAUUCGGCUGGCACCAAAGCUCAGAUACCGCAGCCAAUCUCGAGCGACAUCAAUUCGCUCGAUCUCGGCCGUAUUGCUGUUCUUCUUACGCUGCAAGUUACCGGCAGUCUCGACACUGCCGCCACCGCACAGGAAUCGAUACAAACCCUCCUCACCAACAACCGUAACGGCCUUCCCGGCAGUAGCAUUGUUGACACCGGCCCUUUCAAAGUAGACUUGGUCAAAUUCACCAUUCAGUUCAACAAUGGGACUACGAUACAGUCGAAACCUUCAUCCAAAACCCUCAAAUUUUGA